AUGCCUCCAUACUUGCUUUCUGCAAUGGCUCCUGCAAAGUACACUAUAAAUGAAUUACAUAAAAUCUUUGCAAGAUUCUUCUGGUGCAAUAAAGAGGAAGGGAAGAGCAAGCAUUGGUCUGCAUGGUUGAAGGUUUCUUUACUAAAGACUGAAGGAGGGUUGGGGUUCAGAUCUCUUUUUGAUAUCUCCAAUGCAUUGUUUGCUAAGUUGUGGUGGAGAUUUAGAAAUAGUUGUUCCUUGUGGUCUACUUACAUGUGGAACAAGUAUUGUAAGAGGCAAAUCCCAACUUUAGUGCAAUGGAAAGGAGGCUCUCAACGUUGGAAGAAAAUGCUUGAAGCUAGAAAUAAUAUGGAGAAACAUAUUUGGUGGGAACCAAGAAAUGGUUCUGCCAAUUUUUGGUAUGAUAACUGGACUAAAUUGGGACCUCUUGUAGAUGUGAUGCCUUCUAACUUUCCAAUGGAUGAAAGCAUUCAGGAUGUGGAUGAAAUAAUGAUGGAUGGAAGAUGGAAUAUUCCAAAACUGCAACAAACAGUUCCUAAAGAUUUAGUUGAGUACAUUCUGAAGAUUUUUUCUAGAGAUGCAGUUAAUCACUCAAUGGAAAAGGCAUGGUGGCUACUUAAUGGUAAUGGAAAUUUCACAGUAUCAAGUGCAUGGGAUAAGCUCAGACAGAGAAAGGAUCAUAACUGGUUUUUUCAGCAAAUAUGGACUAAGAUGUUGUUCUCAGCCACAACAAGAAACAUUGUAACAUACAUUCUUGACAGGAGAGUAUGCAGCAGGAAUAUGGAAAACAUUCUCAGAUGCAGCAGGAAUUCAUGGCCCUUUUGUUCAAGUGAAGCAAGCAGUCAAGAAGUGGUGGGAUGCAAAGUGUUCAGUCAAGUUGAAGCCAUUAUAUCAGGCAGCACCUGCUAUUAUAGUUUGGCAACUAUGGAAAAGAAGAAAUACAGUUCUGCAUGGAGGGACAAUUGGACAAGUCCACCUCAGGGAUGGUUUAAAUGUAACAGUGAUGGUGCAUCAAAAGGGAAUCCUGGACCUAGCUCUUCUGCAUAUUGUGUUAGGGACAGUGUAAGGGAGUUCAUUCAUGCUAGUGUAAGGAGAAUAGCAGAUACACAUUGUCUUGUAGCUGAGGCAAAAGCAAUGUACAAUGGCAUAGUUUACUAUGUUAAUAUCCAUUUGAUGCCACUAUAUGUAGAGACAGAUUCAUUAACUCCGGUGAAGAUAGUUGAAGGUGAAUGGGAAGUGCCAUGGUACACUGGACUGUAA